UCCAAGUCGCAUCUUUACUUAUAGUCAUAAAUAUUCCACGUACUCACCAAUUCUCCUCGAUGGGAUUGGCGCAUGGCUACUGUCGGCGUAGUAAGAAACAGCUCCGUUAGCUGGCGGCGCUGCUCUGUUUGCCAGGACUCGGGAAGUUUCAAAUCCCCAAGGGACUUCUGUCGGCAUCUUCGAGACUUUCAUUGUACAAAAGAGGGUGGCUCGUUUGUGUGUCGGUAUGGUUCAACUGGGGUCUGUCCAUCCCUGCCGGUGGAGGGUGUGAGUGAUAAGGACUACGAAGACCAUGUUGUUCGGCAUCAUGUUUAUGGCAACACUGCCAGCAGAGACAAAGGAAUGAGUUCGGCUAGGAGUGAGCAGUAUGAUUUACAGAUUGCCAACUCUAGUCAUACCCAAGAGCCAUCAGUGGUGCAGGAUCAGCACAAGUGGACGGUGUAUCAAUCGUCUAUCAACCUCCCUGCCCUACUCAAUGAUCCCCGACUUUCCAAGAGAGAAACAGACUUCUUCACGAAGACAUGGGGGGACUCAUUUGAGAACACGCUCAUUUUACCUUCGCCUUAUUUAAGGGAGAUAACUCAAUCUCAUUUUGAAAAAUAUCUUCACAAGACUUCAACAAGAUAUAAAAAACACCAGCGUUUAAAAGCCCUUCCAGAGAAAGCCGAUAACAGUCAGAUCUCAGAAACGUCGAAACAAUUUUCAGGAGGACACAUUAAACAGCUGGAGAAAAAUCGAGAAGAACUCGAGCAAGUUCCAAAGAUAUUCAUGUUGCCUAAUUUUACUCUGGACAACCCUGAUACGUUUAUGGCCGUCUUUCCAUGGACACAGGUGGAGGAGUCACGUGACGCCACGGGCAGAAAACAGUCUUCAAAGCUGCUCCAGGAAAAGCUCAGCCAUUACCUUGAUAUUGUAGAAGUACAAAUCGCUAAGCAGAUAUCCGUGAAGUCAGAUGCUUUCUUCCAUGCCAUGAGCUCCCACGAAAAACUGCAGGAUUACUUGUUAGAGACUUGUAAAGCUGUCAAACAAUUGCGUGACAAAAUUCAUGAAAUUGACACAACGUUAGCCAGAGGGCCUUUGAAAGUAAUGAGCUUAACCAAAACCAGAUCCAACUAUGUCAACCUCCACAACAAGCUGAAACUUAUGUCCACGGUUCACCAGACACAACCCACAAUACAACUGCUUCUUUCAACCAAUGAGUUUGUUGGAGCCCUGGAUCUUAUUUCCACAUCACAGGAAGUUCUGACGCAGGAAUUAGCUGGUGUUCAUUGCUUCAGGCACUUGGGAUCUCAGUUGGCCGAGAUGGAGAAGUUGAUAGAGAAGAUGUUACAGGCUGACUUUGUGAAGUAUGCCAUGUCUGACCUGAAUCGUCCUGUCACAGACAGUCAGGUUCUUACCCAAGAAGAAAAGUUAGUGGCAAUACUCUUUGGAAUGUUGCGGUUCCACAAAUUCAACUUCAUUGAAGUGUAUAAAGAGGAAGUUUGUGCCACUUUAAAGUCUACAAUCAAACAGACCGUGGUUGAGGCAGUCGCAGUGGUGGAUGACAUCAACACUGAAGGCAAUGUCUCCAGCCUGGCUGAUCAGAUGCGACUCUUGAAUUACCCGUUGUGGAUGGAUCUUUUGAAGACGAUCUUUGCUAACCUUCUGGUCAUUCUGAACAGAGCCAAGGAGUUUUGUGCAGUGGUUCGGGAUGUUGUGGGUAUAGCAGCAGGACGGACGAAGGCUCCCACCCCUAUCUCCUCUCCAACAGUGGAGUCAUCCAAAAACUUGGAGGAGGCUUCUCAUCUCCAUGUUUCAGUGAGUGAGGAAGUGGAUGUGAUGGUAUCAGAUGGAGAGUUUUACAAGCUGGGCAGUGGCCUGAAGGAGAUGUUGUGUACUGUGUGUGACCACGCUCAUGACAGGUGUGUCAAGGUGCUGGCCGCCAGGGCAAAGGAUGGGUUUAUUGAGAAGUUGAACUCGACAGAGUUUGUGGGAUUAUCUCGUGAGAUAGAGCAGUUUGUACAGGACUGUGGGAGCGUGUGUGGACGUCGCAGUACCUCAUUACGAGGGAGUCUACAGAGCCAGGCUAACAGAUUUGUAAACAGAUUCCAUGAUGAGAGGAAAACCAAAUUAAGUUUGAUUCUUGAUAAUGAGCGAUGGAAACAGGCAGAUGUACCCUCUGAGUUUCAACAGCUCGUUGACCACAUCAGGAAAACCGGUCAACUUAGUUUACCAGAGAAGAAGAUUGAUAUCGACAGCAAACCAUCUGAAGUUUUGAUAAUAGAGGACCAAAAAUAUGUUGUAGUUGGUACCGUGUUGUUGUUACUCAAGAUGGUGGUGGAGUACUGUCAGCUGGUGGAUGACAUCCCCUCUGCGUGUCCAGACAUUCUCACCAGGCUUAUAGAUCUACUCAAGAGUUUCAAUUCUCGCACAUGUCAACUGGUUCUGGGAGCAGGAGCUCUUCAACUUGUUGGCUUAAGAAAAAUAUCCACACGCAAUUUGGCUCUUGCGUCUCGCUGUCUUCAACUCAUUGUGUUCUACAUUCCUCUUGUAAAGACCCAUUUUCAAGCCCAUCUCUCUGCCAAACAAGUGAAUAUGUUGAAGCAUUUUGAUCAGAUUUCAAAGGAUUACAAGGACCACAUAGAAGAGAUAGACAAACAGCUGCUGGCCAUCCUAGAUAGCAUGUUUGAGGUGCAGCUCAGUAAGUGGGAAGUAAAACCACCCAUGCCCUCCAACUGCUUCAGAAGUAUCUCUAAACAAAUAGCCCGGCUCCAUGAGGCUAUCGUAGACCUUCUACCUCACAAACAAAUCCAGGAUCUCUUCAAAAAAAUAAACAAAUCAUUUAAAAGUCAUUUGAGGUUACAGUUAACCAGACUGGGGGUUAAUAACAAUGGAGGACCUCAACAUGGCUUGGUGACAGCUGAUCUAGCAUUCUUCUCGGGUAAUUACAAGACACUGAAAGGCUUAGAGGAAUUAGCCCAUGAUUUCAAUGAUGUAUGGGAACCAAGAUGACAGCGUCCAUCAGCCUUGUACAUAUAGUACAUGUAUAAAGCUUUAAAAUCCAAUUUAACAGUUGAGUGCUGCAAGCCAAGUAUGCCCACUCAUAUAAGAUGUAAAAAUCACUAAUGUUAUUUUGUAAUGUCCUGAACUGACAAAUAGUGGUAUUCCUACAUAAUGAUGAAUGGUUGUUCUUAUGAUAUAUGUGAUACGUUUCAUCUUCAGACUUGAACAAGGUGAAGGGAGAUAACUGGUGAUGAAUGAUGGCCACCGUCAUUUAAUUGACGGAACAUAUAUUUACUGUAUUUUCCUAAUUUACAGCAUUGUUUUUACAGAUUAAUUAUCUUAACAUAUGUAUAGAGCAAUGAGUACAGAUUUUUGGACAUCUUGGUUUUUCCAUGAACAUGGGUGGAUAUUUAAAAUUUAUUGCACAAACUUGUAUGUACUGUACAUGUAUAUUGUAGUGCCGUGAAUAUGCUUCUAGAAUUUUACAUUCAUAUGUUUUAAUAUUAGUGCUAUUAGGCUUAUCCUUUGACAUCAUUAGCUAUGAGUGUCACUGUAUUGCUUAUCAUUUUUUCUCUUGCUAAGCUAACAAAAGCUGUACCUUGGUGUUUGUAACAAGAAAUUAGUGGUAUUAGCCAGCAUUUUACUGGCAUACUUUCCAAAUUUCCAUUUAUCACUCUGUUAGUGAAGCCCAUCAGACACGCAUAAUUGUUGAUCAAGGAAGCCUGUUAAAGUGACUUGUAGAAGUAUAUAUUUACUUCCUGUAAGAUGUACCUCAUUUCCUCUUCUCUCUUUUAAACCAGAAAUGUUAACAUCAUAUUAUUUUUAUCUAUGCAUGUGUCUUUUCUUUGCAGUAUUUUUUUGUUUCCACAAAGGGGAAGUUUCCUGUUUUAAAGAUGCUAUUGUAAUUCAAUAACUUCGCCAGUUUCUGUUGAAAUAUGUUUUUCUAAAAGUUUGCAUUGUAUAUUGUAUACUACAUGUAUAUGGUAUGUUUUAGAUUCUAUAUUGGAGCCUCUGUGGCCGAGAUGGUUACCAACCGUGUCGCAAUGACUUGGGAGCCUCUCACCAAAGUGGUCAUUGUGAGUCCAGCUCAUACUGGCUUUCUGUUUGGCCGUAUGUUGAAAAUUCUGCAAACGACCGGCAGAUGAUCAUUGGUCAGUUCGGUUUCCUUCGACCAUAAUGCUGGCAACCUUUGUUUAAGUGAAAUAUUCUUGAGUACAUCGUAAAGCAUCAAUCAGAUAAAUAAAUAAAUAGACUCUGUAUUAUCAUUCCAACUGUUUGUAUUGUAGAGUAUUCUAACUUUAUCUUUAAUUUCUUGAAAAUGCUGAUAUCAUCAUUUUGAUAAUAUCAUUAUCUUGGUUGCUUUUCAUUAUUUCCUCUGAGGAAGAUUACUAGAGGAUAGUAGCAGAUUAAAUCACAAUUCACUUUAAUUUAGUACUAGCUGGCUAUAUGGUAUUGCUGUAUCAUAUUGUAAAACCGGAGGUCACUAGUACACAUAAGGUGUUGGUUUUGUACUGGCCUCUGACAAGGGGGUUUAAUAGAGAUUCCCCCACCUUCACUGUUCUUCAGGGCAGUGGUUAACAGCAUGUGUACAUGUAUAACUGAUUAGAUAGUUUACAUGGAGUGCAGUGCCUUCCACUAGUAUGACCACAAUACAUCACAAGAGGGAAAGUUCAUCUAUCGGUUGGCUAAAGGACGCUGGUUUACUUCUGAAACUCCAGUUACCUGCAGAUAUAAAAUGGACCACCAUAAUAUAAAUGAAAGAUUCUUGACUAUGGUGUUCAGUCCCAAUUAAAUAAAUAAAGAAGUAAAGAGAUUAAGAGACAGCACACUACAUCAGUCUCGUGUCUGUUCUGACAUUGACAUAUUCAUCUGCUGCAGAUCACACCUUUUCAUGCCCUAUAGUUAUUACAAUGAAAGUUUAUUAAAAUGUCUUUCAACCACCAGUGAAAAAAUGUUAGGCUUGGGCCAUGAAAGUGAAAAACAAAAAGUUAUUACUCCAUUAGAAUAACUGACAGAAAAUGAGUUAAAAAUAGUACCUGGGAAAAAAGAAUGCCACAAAUUUCUCUUGAAAGUGAUUGAAAUAGGUCUGUACAUUUUGUAAAAUAUAUUUGACAUAUAAAGAAGAUGAAACUCCAUAAAAUGUAAACUGUCAUGUAAUUAUAUAUAUGUAAAACUUGUAAUUCACUGAUCGAUUGUCCAGUGAAAUUGUACAUGAUGAACUGUGAUUUCAUUGGUUCUUGGUGUGCAAUAUGCUAAUUAGUGUCAAUUGUAAACUUUGAUAUGUCGGAUACAUACAGAUACAUUUGUAUGUGUAUAGAUAUGAACGCGUACCUCUUUUACAAAUACACUUCCAUGUUGACUCUUUUAGUACAACAGGAGAGGACUAAAACUCAGUUUGAAGGCUGUUCAUCGAAUGGCAUUAACUUAUGCUUUCA